AUGGCGCAGUGUCUGGUGUCCCGCACGCUGCAGCGUCCCGCAAGGCGCACGCGAUGUCCCGCACGGCGGCUGGCGCAGUCCCCGCGGGCGCCCACCGGGGCCCCGCCGCCGCCGCCCGCCGCCGCGCAGGGCGCGGACGCGGAGCUCAUGGACGGCGCCUAUUUCCGCUCCUGCGCCGGCAUGAUCAAGGUGGCCCAGAUGGUCUCGCUGCUCAUUGCGUUCAUCAGUGUGAACAGCUCUCAGUGGCCGGACUACACCGCGUACAGCUACUUUCAGAUCGUCGCCCUGUGCGACUUGGUUAUGAUUUUGUUCUUCUACAUCGUCCACAUUUUCCGAAUCUACAGGCUGCUCACCUGCGUCAGCUGGCCCCUUGCGGAAUUCCUUCAUUAUUUAAUCGGUACGAUUCUGCUUCUCAUUGCAUCGAUCGUAGCAGCAUCCAAGAGUUACAAUUUGAGUGGACUGGUGGCGGGAGCGACUUUUGGAUUCCUAGCUACGAUUCUUUGUGUUCUAAGCAUAUGGUCAUCCUACAAAGUUUCGUGCAUCACUCAGUCGACAGAUGCAGCUGUAUGACUCACCUCAGCAAGAUAUCCGGGCCUGACCAAAUAGGAUACCAAAGAGAAGAAUCCAGCCCUGGGAAGAGAGCACGGUAUUUUGUUAGUAGCCUGGACAACGGAUAGCUUUUGAAGAUCUACUUGAACACCUAUGCAAAACACUGUUGGGAACCAAAGGUUUUUUGCCUUCCCUUUACCCCCCAAAAAGUUCAUAAUGGAGAACCUGCUUUUUCUGAGCUUACUAAAGAAGAAUGACUUCUGUCUUGCAAGCUGCAGUGGGAUCAUAUCCAGCUAUUUGCAAUAAGUGCAAUUAAAACACUUUCGGAGAGCUGGUCAGUUCUCCUUCCAGAGGGAUGGAGAAAGCACUUCUGAUUUUCCCCAUCUGUUUACAGAAGGGAAAUCUUGCAAUUCCUGUCUGGUUCUUAACUUCCAAAGAUGUUUCCUUUAGCAAAGGAACUGUGACAAACCAGUUUGUGCCUUCAGAAACCCAAGUUUUUGUUACCUCUUCAUAUCAUAACCAUGGAUUAUUUUUAACAUCAAUUUAGCCAGCAAUGACAAUUGUGAACUGCAACUUGGAUAAAUCACUGCAAAUGCUCCUUUCUAGCCAAACAGGAUAUUAUGAAACCAAUAUUUUCUUCACAAUUUUUUAUCAUUUAUUAACAAUCAAAGGUUCUUCUUAAACUUCUCUGUGCCAAAAUGUGUAUCCAAUAAUAUUUAUGUAGUGGCUUGUGGGAUCUUUAUCACAAAUGCUCAUUGGUAAAAUGGAUGUUUGCAGGACCUGUUCAGUAGAAAAAUUCUGUGCAUUCCUAGAAAUUACUCUUUUUGGAGACUGAUGUUCCCUUUAGCAUCUAAAGUGGGACUUUCAGUACUGUCAGCCUAUUCCACCCGGCCAUAACAGUGCAGCAGGUUUCUGGGAGAAUAGUGGGAUUUACACAGGUCCCCUGAGCUACAUUUUCUGGCCUUUUUCUAUUUGUCUGAAGCCAUGCAUCGGUACUGGUCAGCAAUUUAAUGACCAUGCUGUAGAAAACUGGAUGGGCAUGGUAGAUGGGUAGGGAUACAACCUCUCCUCUUCCCUUCAACUCUUCCCUUCCCCCAGAGGAAGCAGCAACGCUACGUUUCUCU